ACUAAACAGAAGGAACUCCCAAAACGUCCCGACUCAGGUCCUCCCCAAUUGGUCUCUGCAUCAGCUCUGUGCUUGUUAUUAUGCCCAAUACACAAGAGAUUACUUCAUCCACUGACUUAAUUUGAAGCUUUUUUAAUUUAAUCAUAUAAUUUUUCGUCAAGUCUCCGACGUCGGAUCAGUCGGGGUUGUAAAAUUCCGGCAAUGGGGAUUUCGUUUAAGGUCUCCAAAACCGGUUCAAGGUUCCGGCCCAAACCAAUACAGCCCGAGACCUCAGCGUCUGCUGAAGAAGACGACGUCGCUUUUGAAGCUACCAAAGGAAGGAAUUCUGUUCUUCCACAAAAUGAAUCCAAUUCCGCAUCUGCUGGAAAGCUUUCGGGUGACGUUGUUCAUGGGAGCAAGGAUGUUACCGGAGUCCCUGAUAAUGAAGUUUCCUUUUCAUUGUGCCUUUUCCUGGAUGGAUAUUCUUUUGGGAAGCCCUCCGAGAAUGAUUAUGGGCAUCAAGUCUCUGAAAAUGUUCCGAAAUUAUUGCAUCCAUAUGAUAGAGCAUCUGAAACUCUCUUUUCAGCAAUUGAGUCUGGACAUCUGCCCAGUGAUAUUCCGGAGGAUAUACCUCGCAAGUUUGUUGAUGGGACCCUAGUCUGCGAGGUGCGAGAUUAUCGGAAGUGCUUUUCUGAAGCUGGACAAAAUGUGCCUUCAGCCACUGGUUGUCCCAUUAUUAACAGAAUUUGUCUAAAAAUGUCUCUUGAAAAUGUGGUGAAGGACAUUCCGCUGAUUUCAGAUAGUGCUUGGACAUAUGGUGAUAUGAUGGAAAUGGAAUCCCGGUUAUUAAGAGCCCUACAACCACAACUUUGCUUGGACCCAGCCCCAAAGUUAGACAGGCUCUGCAACAACCCAGCCUCCUCAAAGUUAACGUUGGGUAUAGGCAAUUUAAGGAGGAGAAGACUAAGGCAGCUUCCAGAUGUUAUUGCCACAUCUAAUGAUAAAAUCCAUGGGAAAAAUGUUUGCAUAGAUAGAGUGCCCGAAAGUUCAAGGUCAGGAGAUGGUGGACAGCUUGUGUCGCAGCCUGCUCAUGAGAAUCUGAACCCACAAAAUAAUGGACCAAGCAAUAUGGUGGCACUAAGAAGUAACAGUUUUGGGUCUGAGGCCUCUAUUCCAGCAUCGCCUUCCGUAUCGCACCAAGCAAAGUAUCAAAUGGGGGUUUUGAGUCCAAGAAUCAUGCAGGACCAUAGGUCAGGAGUUUUAAAUGCAUCGGCAGCUUCUCCUGCUGGGCCAGACAUGAUGCUCUCAUAUACGGAUGCUAUGAGCUCUGGUGCUGCUUCUUUACAUGGUAAGAGAGAGAAUCAUGAUGGCCAAGCUUCUCCUCUGUCCUUAAAUAAGAGGGCAAGGUUUACACAUAUGAGUGCUGAUUCCAAUCAACAGCAACUUGUAGGAGGACAAAUAGAUGGCUCUCAGGCUCCAGAUUUGCACUGGAAGAAUCCUUUAUUACAGCAGCAUUCAGUUCCCAGGGGAAUUCCAUAUGCUAAUACAAGCAUGCAAAAGUAUCAGCAACAGAUGUUUGAAGUGGGUCUGAACCAGGAAGCUGGAACAAUGCCAUUCACUGCAGGACAGCAAGGAAUAAAGUAUAACUUAAAGGAAGAGCCUGCUGAGGUAGAGAGAUUGGACAAAUUGGAGCCAGGAAGGACUAAAAAUGAGAUGCAGGUGGUGGAAUCGGAUAUGAACCUUAUGGUUUCCCAGCAGGCCCGACUUCAGCAGAGACUGCCUCAGCAGUUUAUACGAUCUGGCUUCCCUCAGGCACCCUGGAAUGGCCUCGGUCAGCCUCUUGAAAAUAGUCUCCGGAAAGAGGAUCCAUUCCAGAACAGGAAAUUAGUGCAAAGUCCUCGUGUUUCUGCAGGAGGUUUGCCUCAAUCUCCUUUAUCGUCCAAGUCUGGAGAGUUUUCUAAUGGUUCAAUAGGAGCUCAGUAUGGUGCUGCUGUGACUAGUGGACUAAUACAAUCACUGAAGGAGAAGCAAGCAGCCACAUCUGCUGCUCCUGCUGGUGGCACAACAUCUAUGACUUCUAGCGCCAAUGAUUCCAUGCAGCGGCAACACCAGGCUCAAAUGGCUGCAAAACGGAGAUCCAAUUCUGUUCCUAAGACCCCCAUGAUGAGUGGAGUUGGUUCUCCUGCCAGUGUCAGUACCAUGAGUCUUCCAAUAAAUGCAAGCAGUCCUCCUGUAGGAUCUGCACAUUCAGCUGACCAAAUCAUGCUUGAAAGGUUCUCCAAAAUUGAAAUGUUGACAACUAGGUUUCAACUUAAUCCCAAAAAGAGUAAGGUCGAGGAGUACUCUAGCAGGAAGCCAAAUGCCUUUCCUACUCAACAGCUGCUAACUCAUCUUUCCAAUGAUUCAAACAAUGAGAAUGUCAAGGAUGAAUCUUCCAAAAUGUCAUUGUCAAAAUCACUAGUAGGUGGCAGUACGAAUGUUUGCAAAACAAGAGUCUUGACUUUUCUGCAGACAGAGCGCAUACUUCAAGGAAAUGGUUUUUCAUAUGUUCCUAAGGUGCGGACCAGAAUGAUCAUGUCAGAAAAGCCGAAUGACGGCACUGUGGCAAUGCAUAUUGGAGAAAUAGAAGAUGCUGAAUACUUUACUGCUGAGGAUUACCUCCCAACACUGCCGAAUACGCACUUUGCGGACUUGCUUGCAGCACAAUUUAGUUCACUGAUGGUACGCGAAGGAUACCUUGUGGAAGAUCAUGUCCAACCAAAACCAAUCCGCAUGAAUCGUGCUUCAAGUAAUCAAACUAACGUGCCAGGAAUGCCACCAAAUGGGGCAGGAGCUGAUCUGCAGCAAUGCUCUGAAGGGGUCUCUGGUCAGUUGUCCAAUGAGCUUGCAAGGCCCUCUAACAGUAUUAAUUCGUCAGUAAACUCACCCCAGAACAUGCAAGGCCAGAGAAUACUGCCUCCUGGGAAUGCUCAAGCAUUACAGAUCUCUCAAGGACUCCUAAAUGGGGUUUCAAUGCCUUCUAGACCUCAACAAUCUGAUCCAUUAGCCCCUCUGCAGCGGCAGCAGCAGCAGCAGCAACAACAACAACAGCAGCAGCAGAAUCAACAUCCUCUGAUACAACAGCAGCAUCCACAGUUACAGAGAUCUCAACUAAUGCUUGCUUCGAAUCCAAUUGCGCAGUUAAAUACAGUUGGCCAGAAUUCCAUGCAGUUGGGUAAUCAAAUGGAUAUCAAAGCAUCCCCAAUGCAACUUCAGCUAUUACAACAGCAACAGCAACAGCAGCAGCAACAACAGUUGCAAUCACAACAAUCCCAGCCACAGCAUUCACAAAUGCAGAGGAAAAUGAUGAUGGGCCUUGGUAAUGUAGGUAUGGGGAACAUUAGCAAUAACAUCGCUGCACUUGGUGGUCUUGGUAAUGUUAUGGGCAUGGGAGGUGUAAGAGGAGUUGGUGGACCUGGAAUUUCAGCUCCAAUGGGAGCCAUGGCUGGCAUGGGCAGUAUAUCUCAAAACACAAUAAAUCUGAGCCAGGCAUCUAAUAUAAGUAACGCAAUCAGCCAACAACUUCGUAGUGGGGCUCUCACUCCGCAACAAGCUGCGCUCAUGCAAACCAAGCUGAGAAUGGCACAAAACCGAACAAAUUUGUUGGGGAGCCCACAGUCAAGUUUAGGUGGUAUUACGGGAAUUAGACAAAUGCAUCCAAGCUCUGCUGGUCUUUCGAUGUUGAGCUCCCUAAACCGAGCUAAUAUCAAUCCAAUGCAGCGACCAGCAGUGGGUCCAAUGGGUCCGCCAAAGCUAAUGGCAGGUAUGAAUCUUUACAUGAACCCGCAGCAGCAGCAGCAGCAACAGAUGCAGUUACAGCAGCAACAAAUGCAGCUACAGCAGCAGCAACAUAUACAACAGCAGCAGCAAUUGCAGCAGCAGCAGCAGCAGCAACAGCAACAGCAGCAAGAGACAGCUUUGCCUCUACAGGCUGUAGUUUCACCUCCUCCAGUGGGCUCUCCAUCAAAUCCAACUAUCCCUCAACAAAUGAAUCAAAAUUCCCAGCAGCCACAGCAGCAACAGCAGCAUCAACAGGCCAGCCCGCAGCAGAUGAACCAACGAACUCCUCUCAGCCCACAACUGAGUUCAGGGGCUAUUCAUCCUAUGAGUACUGGCAAUCCAGAAGCAUGUCCAGCAAGCCCUCAGUUGAGUUCACAAACCUUGGGGUCAGUAAGUAGUAUAACCAAUUCCCCAAUGGAGUUACAAGGUGUGAACAAGAGUAAUUCAAUUAAUAAUACCUAAUUGAGAUGGAAGCUGCAACUCCUUUGAAACUGUAAGGUGUUGGUGUUUCACCCCUCCCAUGUCUAGGCAUACAUCUCGGCAGGUUAUGGUGAUGAAACGAAUAGGCGCCUCUUGCCAAUGCUUGUUGGAACAGUUGUCUUUGAAGAUUGUGGAACAUGGAUCGUCUGGUUUAUUGAAUCUCAAAAAGUGAAACCAUUCUGGUAAACCAAAAAGUACUUGGAAAUAACUUGCAAAUUAAUUUCUUUUUGCUUGGGGGAGUGAAGAGGCAGCUUUUAUCUCCUGAGCGGGCUGAACGUACUCAUGCUCAGAUGUCGAUCUCUGAUAAGCUGGUAGAGCAACUGAUACUCUUAAGUUUUAUUCAUAAGUUUGGGUAUUCUUUACGAGAUAUCCAAUUCAAUUGUCUGGAUAUGUUGUGAUCAAAUCAUGUUGUAGUUCAAUAUGAUCCUUGGUAGCAGAUUAUAGUUCACAUCAAAACAUUUGUAACCUGGUCGAUAAGCGUGUAAAUGAGCACGAUGUUUAUGUAUAUAUAGUUUCUUAUUUUCCUGGUCAAAGAGUCAGAGUAGUUUGACCAGAAUCUAAACGUUUGAUAUAUCUAUAUAUUUAUAUAAAGCUGGGAAUAGAAAAAGUAACUUUGACACUCUCUAA